AUGUAUGCUUUGUUACUUGAGAAGUCGAUCGCUUUGGAUGAUCCCGUGACGCUCUACAUCCCCGAAUUGAUGCACAGAAAGGAAGAGCCGUGGCUUGUCAAUUGGGAGCAGGUUACGCUGAGAUCUCUUGCGUCGUAUCUUGGUGGGCUGCCUCGCGAUACUGGUAGCCCUUGUUUUGUAUGGCGAGAGGUGUUGGAAAUGGGGUAUAGCACGAGUGAUUUGGCAAAGGCAGGAUUGCCGACAUCCCUUGGCCAAAACAAUCUGCUCGAGAACAUGGCAUGCACAUCUUCUGACAUCAUCGACCGAGCUCGGACAGCCUCACGCAUAUUCACUGUCAACGAUCGUCCUACAUACUCAAACGCCGCAUUCUCCCUGUUAGGUAUGAACAGCACUACAACGAGAACACCGGCUAAGAACAAGAGUAUCAUUCCACUAUUUCCAAACCAUUGGGGCAUUGAGCUUGGAGCCGCUGAUGCAACAGCCGGUUUCUACAGCACCCCCAACGAUCUUUCUAGAUAUUUGCGCUCAAUCCUCCGCGCCGAACUCUUGCCCCCAAGCACUAUAAACGCAUGGUUAAAGCAUCACUCGUGGACUGACUCCAGUACAUCCUCAGCCUACGGUCUAGCAUGA